ACCGCUGGACCUUAUGAGUACCUUAUGCCGAUGACAUUCGGAUAUAAAUCCUUACGUGUUUUUCCCGGAUUUAGCGAUUCUUAUCAGCUGAUAUCUGGUCCGAUCUCCGAAGCUGAGAUUGAAUCUCACUUUUCUUCCUGCCGAAAGCGAUCGGGACAUCACUGAGCUAGGCUGCAAUGCAAUAGGCAUCCGGAGGCCCCUUCAAAGUUUUCCAUCUUCCCUAAAUGACCCAUAUGACCCAGAUUCUUCGAUUCUACAGCUCAUCGCUGCUGACUAGCUACCAAGAGCCCUCCAAUACUUGUUUAAGUACCAUCGAAACUUUAAUUCGAACUUCACUGGUCGCUGCUGUGCGUUAAAUGCUCCUUGGAACUUUUUCACUCGGGAGUAGGCCUUCACAUCGAAUUCCUUCCAAUAUUAGCUGUCUAUGCUGAUUUCCAGUCAAACGUUUUUGCCGUACUAUCUUUUCACGUUUUUCCCGCCCGUAGGUGCAAUGUUCCGUACGGGUUUACCGGAGCGAGGUACUCGGCAUGGAAGGACACGCGUCCUUUUCUAUUUUUCAGGGUAUAUUAUCCUCUUCUCUCUUUUCCUCACUCGUGUCAUGCCUGCUCUCCAACAACACUCCAACGCGAGAAUACUGGUGACUGGAGUAAAUGGAUACAUCGGCUCAUGGAUUGCUCGCACCUUGCUUGAACAGGGAGCGACUGUAAAGGGCACAGUACGAAGCGAAAAGAAGGGUAAGUAUAUAAAACAGCUUUUUGCUUCUUAUGGGGACAGGUUUCAGCUUGUUGAGGUGCCUGAUAUCAUGGCGGACGGUGCAUUUGAUAAAGCCGUUCUGGACGUAGAUGGUGUUAUUCACACAGCGUCGCCCGUCGUCUUGGCCGCGGUGGAUCCGGAAGAGGUUAUCGGGCCGGCUGUCAAGGGAACGCUCGGCUUACUGACCAGCGUUGCCAAGUUUGGAGGACAAGUUCAGCGUGUGGUUGUUACGUCUUCAUGCACAGCCGUAUUCCAUUUCCCCUCCGAACCCAAGGUCUUCUCGGAGGCAGACUGGAAUGAGCAAGCAGUCAAGGAGAUAGAGGAGAAAGGAAGUAAUGCCUCUUUCGCUGCGAAAUACUGCGCCUCUAAGACUUUGGCAGAAAAGGCUGCCUGGGACUUUUUUGAUAAACACAAAACCACGCUGCCUUGGGAUCUUUCGGUCAUUAUCCCACCCAACGUCCACGGGCCUUUUAUCAAUGAAGUAGCAAAUCCUCAAUCACUUGGGUAUGCUACGAACGAAUGGUACAAUAUUGUCGUUUGCGGGAGCAUGAGCCCCGAAGACAUGGCAACCCAAGGACACUGUUGGGUUGACGUCCGUGAUUUGGCGGAGGCACACAUACGGAUUCUAUUUACCGAAGCCGCGGGAGGUGAGAGGAUUAUCGUGUCGGCAGGUCCAUACGUAUGGCAGGACUGGCUCGACGCUGCCAACUCGCUUUCCCCUUCGCCUAUCCCGUCGCAUCAUCUGCCUAUGGGCGUUCCGGGCGCAGGAGUUGGGGCUAGUUAUUUGAUGAGUUACCGCACUGAGAAGCAGGCAACGAUAUUGGGGAUAAAUUUCAGAACCAAAGCAGAAACUGCGCGCGACGUCUUGACCGAUUUCGAGCGGCUUGGGUGGUGAAUCUCUUCUAUUUUUGACGGAUGACGCAGGUCAGGGUAGUUCAUACAGAUAUUCGUGAGCCGUCAUAGCUCUCAGCUCCACGGAAUAAAGUAAUAAUCGCGCGCAUCUCACUUGUGAAUGUAAAUCUGAAUUCAGGAUGCUAUCGUUUGACAACUAAUUCGAAG